AUGACAAACCUUACAAAAGCAAAUCAGAGGGAAAAAGAGCUCGAUGCUGCCCGAUGCAAAGUUCUCCAACAAACAGCAUUAGCAGAAUAUGACUUAGUACAAGCAAUACAAAAAACUGAAUUGGAACAAAAUUUCUCACAGAGUAAUUAUGAUAAUGAUUCACCAGAAAAUAUUACUUUACAACCUAAUGUCGAUGAGGUAUUAGUCAAGAGUGUGUAUGAGAAAAUCAACGUUGCCUUGGCUGAAGCUCAAGGUCAAGAGAAAGAGUACACGUCAAUUAUACUUGCAAGAGCCCAUUUUGCAGUCGGAAGGUAUGAUAAAUGUGUGGAGACUUUAAGUACGGAUUUUGUUCCAUCAGAAUUACCAACAGGAUACAAUUUUGUACUUGUUGUUCAAGGGUUAACCCUUAAAGGGAUGGCUCAUGAAGCUUUAAGUGAUUUUGUUGGUGCCAUUGCAUGUUAUGACCAGGUUGUAAUAUUGUUGUCACAGAAUAUUAAUGAAAAACAUGAUCAAUUGUGGGAUUGGUCUGAAGAGGCUUUAUAUCAUGCACCUUUGUUGAAAUUACGAUUAGGUGACACGAGUGGAGCUCUUCAGGCUUUUCGCACUUAUCAGUUAUACACUACACUUUGGGGAGACAAAUUUAGAAUCAAAAAACGCGCAAUUGUAUAUAAAUAUUUUAUUAAAUUAUUAUCAAGAAUAUAUCAAGAAGGAACUUAUGUUCCACCAAGUGCUACAUCCCUUGACACAAGUGAACAAUCUACAGUUUAUACUCCACAUACGUUUCGUAUUGAAUUGACUGAAUUACAUUCAUUGUAUGAGAAUAUUUUAUACCAGAUUACUACUUUUCCAAAAGCUGGAGAAAUCAAUUCGCGAAUGUUGGAGAUGGUCGAUCAGGUUAUGUCUGAUUGGGCUGUUUUGGGUGGUGGAACUGCUGCAGAAAUGCGUGGAUUAAUUGAGAUGCUUCACCGUGUAACACAUAAAACCUUUCAAUCCCCAAGGAUAUUGCGACAUCUUAUAAAUACUUUGAUUAUAUAUGGAGAUUAUGAAGAAGCCGAAUUAGCUUUAAACGCGUAUAUUGCACUUGUUGAAAGAGCCAAGAAAACAAAAAUUGAAGACAUCGAAAAGCAGAUGCAUUAUUCGUUGACAGAACACGAAAAUGGUGUAUCUCAUGACCUUAAAUUAAAUUCCUAUGUUGAACCUUCUGAACAGGUUAUCCUAAUACUGAUUUCUGGUUCAGAUCUGAUGGCAAAAUAUAUGAAUAAGGCUCAUUCAACGUUGGAAAUUGCACAAAAGGCUGUAAAUUGGUAUGAGAAUGACAACAGUUUGGAUGAUGAUGAUUUAUUAGCACGUGCUUGGCGAUGUGUUGGAGUUGGAUAUAGUUUAUUGGCUACAGAAGAAACUGAUCCAGGAAAGCGACCGGAACUUCAUAGCAAGGCAAUCGAAGCAUUGAAAAUUUCAAUAUCAUUAGAUUCAGAAGCAUUUGAGACUCAUUACCAAUUAUCACUUGAAUAUGCCAUGACAAGGGACAUUAACCAAGCGAUAAUUAGUGUAAGACAAGCUUUAACACUAGAUUCUUCAAUGUCAUGUUGGCAUUUAUUAGUGCUAUUGUUUUCUUCUCAGAAAGACAUUCAAGGAGCACUUAAAGCAUGUGAAGUUGCAAUAAAAGAAUCAGAUUGGGAUACAGCUGACCCCACAGUCGAUUAUAGUACAUUGUCUGUUAUAGGAAAUGAUGAUGGAAAUGAAUUUCUUUCAUUUAAAUUGACACAGAAUGCAUUGCAGGAAUUAUCAAGCGGAACUGAAGUUGCCAUACAGAAUUUUGAUAAAUUAUUUAUGCUAUACGGAAAAGUAUUCCCAGAUUAUAAUAUUAUAACAUCACCGAAUGGUUCAAUCUACGAUGCUACGAGUUUAACCAUCACAGCUGCUACUGUUAAACCCCCUGUUGGUAACAAUAGUGUUAAGAGCUUUACUAGUACUGACAAAAAAGAAGGUUAUAUUAGCACUGAAGGAUCCAUUUAUAGCGUUGGUCACAAGGACACACUUGAUGUGCCUAAAACGAACUAUGCGCCAUCCAUAGCAUCCUCAAGGAAUUCGGCAUCAUCUGGUUUAAGACGUAGUCCUACAUCAACAAUUGUAGGUGCAGCAAAAUUAGUUAAUCAAUCUACUACGCCUGCUUUGCAAGUAACUACAUUAAAAACAAGACAACGUCGUCAACGUGCUGCUAAAGCAUUGACAGAUUUAUGGCUUUCUUCAGCUUCAACUUUCCGAAGGCUUGGAAAUUUCGAGGAAGCGCAAAAAACCAUUGAAAAUGCCGAAGAAGUUGAUAAUUCAAGUCCUGAUGUUUGGUGUCAGUUUGGAUUGUUGUUGCUUGCGCAAGGUAGUUAUACUGAUGCUAUAACAUCUUUCCAUAAAGCACUUGCAAUUGAUGAUAAGCAUGUACCUAGUUUGGUACAUUUAGCAAGAACCUAUAUGGAAACAAAUGAUUUGGAGAUAGCUGAAGGACUUUUAGACGGUGUUGCGAAAAGUAAUGGAUGGAAUUGUGCAGAAGCCUGGUUGUAUCUUGGUAAAGUAUGUCAAGCAACUAAUAGAAUUAAAAGAGCCAAAAAGUGUUUAUGGUUUGCUUUUGAUUUAGAAGAAACGAAGCCCAUUAGGCCAUUUAAUGUUUUGCCUAGAAACAUGGAAAAAAUUGAAAUGGGAGGUCGCGGCGCAAAACGCGGAGCGUUCGUGACAUAUCAUAGAAGAAUAGACUCUGUUGAAUAUUUUUAUACUUACGACUCAAAAGAAAUUAAAAUUUACUCCGCAAUAACGGAUAAUUUUAUUAGAACUUUUAGUAUUAAAGAAUAUAACAUAAUAAACAAAUUGAUUGGAGAUAACGAAAUAAAGGAGAUUGUUUACAUUACAGAUUGUUUCUUAGAUAACGCGAGUCUUUUGGUUUGCUCGCGAACAAAGAAAAAUUUAUAUCAUUGCUUUAUUUGUGAUAUUGUUAAUUCCGAAUAUCAACCAUUACCGAUUAACCUUGAUUCUAUGAUACCCUCAAUUAAUGAUGUCGUCGUUUCUGAAAAAAUUGAAACCAACGAUGAAACACAAUCAAUUUAUGUUUUCAUCUUUGCUUCAGUAAUUGGAUUGUCAAUCUAUUGGUUAACAUAUAAUCCUUAUAAUCAACACAACUUUAAUUUCAUAAGAGAUCUUAAUGUAAAGUUGUUCACCAGAGAUUCUAUUACAGCUGUGAAUACGUAUAAUAAUAAUUUGAAUGGAGGAUUGGAUGACAAACGUGCUUUUUAUAUAAUAGCAGGAGGUGUGCAAGGAAAUAUAGAAUGUUUUGAGAUUAUGAAUGAUGGAUCAGAUUAUAAACCACAUCAAAUUCCAUUGUUGAGAUUAAUUGGAACCUCAGAUCCGGUGCCACCUGUCACUCACAUAGUUAUACGUAAUCUGAGUGAUUUGAAAGAGCGGUUAAUAUUCAUUGGGUAUGGUAAACUUAAUUCUCGAAUUUUUAAUAGAUCUCCUUUGGCUCGGCUUGAAAGAGUUCCAAUAGUACAAAUCGCAAGAGUAUCGUUUAAUCAUACCGAGUUAGAUUGGAAUGAAAUAGAUGUAGUCUUCGGAAAUCCUGGAGCGGAUGUUACAAGAGGUGAAAUCAUCUCCAUGUUCGUUACAUCAGAUGACACAGGGCACAAUUUAUAUGUAGCAUUGGAUAUGUACUAUAGACCAAAUAAAUAUCGUUCUCUUGAUGGUAUAGAGGUGACACAUUACAAAGUAGAAAAUUUAAAUCGUGUCACAAUGACCUGGCAUCGUGUAGAUUCGCUUUGUAGAAAAUCAUCAAAUCUUAAUGAAAUCCCUCUCUUAGAUAUUUAUGCGGAUCAAAAUAAUCGAGGCCUUAAACUUCUUUUGCCUAAUGAAGUUGAAUGGUAUCAAAUCUCACCUCUGCCAAAAGAUGAAAGUGAUGAUGAUGAUGGUACACCAUCAUUCGAGAGAUGGUUUGAUUUGGAAUUUAAUCAAAUUGGACCGUACAACAUUGAAUCAUUUAAAGACAUUGAAACUCGGCGUGAAAAAUAUGAAAAUGAGCUUAUGCUUGACAUAUUACUUGAAAGCCAAAAACUUGAUAAAUUAUUAUAUCCACCUGAUAGUAAAUAUGAUUUGAAACGAUUAUUUGAAGAAAUAUUUAAAAAUAAUGAAGACGAUUUGGUUUGGAAAUAUGGUAUAAUGUAUUAUUUAUUGAGAGAUUGGAGUUUUAUUCCAAAACUAUCUCAAAAAUUUAUCGCGCGAUAUUUGACUUCAUCGCAGGAUAUGCAAAUAUUUGUUGAUGGAUGUUGGGAAUUAGAUCAUGAAAGAUUUGAUGAGGCUGUUAGAUGUCUUUCUGAUCCGAUUGUAAAAAAUUUACUAUCAGAAUUUCCAAGAAUUGAUGAGAAGAUCAUGAAACUUUUCUUAAUCUCCUCAUGUCCAGAUCACGCACUAAAAUAUUCUCAUUUCCGUUGUAUAGUAAAAAAAUCAACGGAAAUAAUGGAACUUUAUAUUGAAGCUCUGAUACGUAAUAGUAUUAUAAAUACUAGCGAAGCAUUAAAGUUUGCACGACAAAACAAGUCAGAUGAUGAUGAAAACGUUAAUAGGCGGCUUUUGAUAAAAAUAUUAGAUAUAUGUGUUGUAGAGGAUAAGACAGAAACUCAGGUAUAUGAAAAGGAAUUGUUAAGUUUAGAAUUGGAUGAUUAUGAAGAAAAAUUCAUAUUGAAAUAUUGGGAAGAUAGUAAGGAACCAAAAUUGUUAUGGUUUUACAUCAAGGAACUUGUAAAGAAUGAAAAUUAUAGAGAAUCUCUCAUAAAUUUUCGAGUUUAUAAAUGGUUCAAGGAGACUUGUUUGAAUAUGCAGUUGACGAAUGAUGAGAUACAAUUGGGCGUGAACAUGGAAGCGAAGAAAAAUGAGGAUGAUUCUGACGAUGAAGAACUCGAUGAUGAUAUUAAGGAAAAAUUAAAUCAUUACAAACGGUUAUUUAUAGGUAUCCAAUCGUUCAGCGAUCAGAUGGGAAUUGAUUUGGAAUCAGACAAGUCCAAAUACAAAUCACAAGACGAAGCGAAGAAGCGUAAACUACAGGAAAAAGAAAAAUUUUAUGAACAACAUGGAGUGAAAAGAGAUAAGGUCGAACCAUUACUGAAAAACCGGUCGCCUCUCUCAGCAUCAAAUUAG